UUUUACAAACUUAUUUUACAAAACGGUUUUCGUUAACAAUGAGACUUCAUUUCUUCCUCAUACAAUGAACCAUCCAAGUUGCAAAAUAUAGGAAGUCACAUCAUCGGUUAUCAUGGAUGGAUUUUUAUAUAUUUAUUCUACUAUUCUAAUGAUUAUUCUACUCCAAGGAAACACCGUGAUAGCUACGGAUAAUUCAAGUUCAACUUCCACCAAUGUUGUGAUAUCUACUGUUAAUGUUAUACCAGUUGUCCAUAACACAACCACAGAGAAAACGAAUACCACAAAUACAAAAGAUCGAGACAACUUUCUAGUAUAUAUUUUGGUUCCGGCCGCAAUUUUAGCUCUUGUUGGUUUCGUGAUACUAACGGUUUUGAUUGUACGGUGUUUCAGAGCAGUGCACGAACCAGAAGAUGUUGAUCACCUGACCAGGAAAGAUUACAACGAAACAACAGAGCAUCAUAUGUUUGGUCUCUUCAACAAAUCUUACAAAGGUAUUGAUUCUGAUGACCAUCUUUCAGCAAAAGAUAACUCUAGAAAAAGAAGCAUCUUUGAAUUGAAUGAAAGUCACGCUAUAAAAAGAUCAGACCCAGCUUAUGUCGAUAUUGAUAUACCAAUUGACGUUCCGUCGUCAGAGGAAGAAAAAUUUUCGCGGGGAGCUAACGAUAAUAAUAAUCACGAAAUUGCAAACAAAACCUACAAACGUGCUACGGCAAUUUCAGAGUUUUCAACUUUGUCCGGCAAUCCAAAUUAUAAUCACAUACAGUUAAGAGAUGAAGAAGAUGUUUACAAUAGACUGACACUGAAAAAUACGGACCAGAGGGCUACACAACACACCAAAAGCACUUUUAAUGAUGAGGAAUAUGUUCAUUCAGCUGUCAAUAAAAGUUAUAAAACGUUUGAGGAUAGCUAUUCUCGCCUGAGUAGUGUUGUUCCAAGGAAAAAUCCAUUUUUACGUCUAUCUGAGGUGGAAGAGAACAACGUGGGUACCAAGUCCUCUGCACAGUUGGGCUUAGGAAAAGAGGCGCCGGAUUCAUCUGAGAAUCCCCGUAAAACCUAUGUGAAUAGUGGAAAACAAACGACUAAAAGUGAUAAGCUCCAGUAUAACUAUAGCAAAGUUAAAAAGACACGAUCAGCUGAUAUUAAACAUGAAGCUGUAGGAGUGAAUGAACAAGUUACGUUGAAUGUAAAUACUCUGACAAAAUCUUCAAAACCUGAGACAGAAAAGUGUUCAAACAAAUAUUCCGAUAGUGGCAACAGUUUCGAUGUAUCGCCGGAUUGUUCAAAUCUGGUAGAUAAAAACGGUUACAGUAUUGUGAAUAAACGAAAAUGUUUAAAUCCUGAGUCUAAGCCAAACACUGGAAAUGAGGACAAUUAUGCAAUUCAGUCAGAGAUAAAAAGUGGACAAAAUAUAAAACACAGUAAAAAGGAUGAUGAUUAUUGUGAAGUCAUCAAGAAAUCAAACAAAAGUGUUGAGGAUUUCCAUUACAGUGGAAUUGAAAUAAAUACAGACAAGUUUUUUAUAGUGACUGACAGUUAACAUUUAAAUAUAAACAUUUUACUGAUCAAACAUUAAUGAGAAUGUAAGCUAGUGGUAAAAAACAUUGCAUCUUCUAGUAACACUUCUUUGACUAAUUUGAGCUGUAAAUAUGUGAUUCUUUUAAUGUAUGUAUAUUUUCAGGUAUGUCAAAUCAAAUUUUGCAAAUAACUCAACAAGUAAUUCAAAUUUACACAUUCAAACUAACUCUAUGUAAAUACUAGAUUGCGUAAGAUUGUUACUGUUAUUAAGAAUAAUUUUAUAUCACAAACCAUUCUACUAAUAAAACCGUCUGAUGGCUUGUAGGGGGAAGAAAAAUUUAAAUUUAAAUGAGAAAUGUGGUCGUGAAUGCUACACUCGGUAAAAACUUUAUUAUCUUCAUAUCUGUUGCACUUGAUGUUAAAAGGAAGAUAUUUCAUUUCUAUCUUACCUUGUUAUCAAGUAUGUUUUGUUUUUGAUUACAAAGCAUGAAUAUGACCUUAUGUCCUGUUGAAAUAAAGAACCAGCAAUGCUUAACUAAAAAAAUGUAGACUAUGUUUUUAUCCUGAUAAUUUUAUUCAGUAUAUUUGUUGUUUUUUUUAUACUUUUUUUAUUUAUAAUAUAUCUUACUACUCAUUUCUAUUUGAUUUAAGUCUACUUUUUGUAAAUAAAAUUUAUUUUAUAUUUUCGUGU